AAGAAGAGUUGCGAUAUAAUGAAUUCAUUUAAGUUACUCAAAGUUGCUACUAAAACAGUUUACUUUUGAUCAAUUAACAUUGACUAAUUUGAAAGCCAUUACAAUGAAAACUACGGUUGGACUCAUCUUUUUAUUUUCCGUGAUUAAUGUGGCAUACUCAGCAUCGCUACGAGAGUUGGACUUUAUAAAAAGUCUAUAUUCUCAUGAAGAAAUACCGAUGAUGGUAAUAAAUUACAUGGUGAAUCGACGAAUUGAUCAAGUCAAGACUUUAUCCGAAAAAAAUUUGAUUCUCGACAAUGGAAAAACGUUUUACAAUUAUACUGAACGAUCUUUAAAUUUAUUUCUGGAAUCAAUUUAUUCAAAUGACAAUAGUGAACUUUUUGAGCGUUACUCACGUAUCGUGCAAAUUUUAAGCGAAGGAAACAAGCUGCUGAGAAUUCAUAGUACUGAUUACUUGACUGUGAACUCGGACACUAGUUUCUCAAGAGAUGAACUUCUAGCUAUGAUAGACGCUUAUAUUGAUGACAUUGAGAUGGUUCAAAAGUGUGAAGUACCCUUAGGACGUCCGAAUCGCGUUGAUAUGAAAAUCGUUGAACGUAUAAAGUCAUUGUUCAAUGAAUUGCAAAAUUAUAUUCAUCAUAACGAUAAUAUAUACAUCGUUGAGUCAAUGGAUCUUUCGCAAAAAACAAUGGAUCAGGGUUUGUGGCAAUUCGAAUUCUUGUUGAAUAAAUUUACAACAUCUUUCAUUCAAGUAAAAAAUGGCAAGAUUUUCAACACGUCGAUCCUUCCCAAAAAAAUCUUUCAAAAAAAAUCAACCGCUGCACAAAAAUAUUUUAUAUCUUUUAACAUUAAUACGAGAAGAGAAAUAUGUUUAUGGCCAGUCACUCAAGGAAAUGAAGAAAAUCUUGAAUGCAAUCUUGGACACACCUCUCCUCAAAUCAGAAUGCCGUCCCGAAUGCUGCCAGGUGGCUGAUACUUUGAUCGAAAUUGUAGCAGAAGAUUUUCUUGCGACUGCAGAACACUUAGAGCUCCAAGAUUCUUUACUUUCACUCUUUCUUUGUUCCGUUGACUCUUCUUAAUCCCCUUUCAUUUUCCUAUUUCCGUGCAAAUUUCUGAUAUUGAUAUUUGCAUCUCUUUACUUUUUUUAUAUUGGGUUGUUAAUUAUGGAGGUACCUUAAAUUUUGUAUUUUGCAUCAAUAUAGAUUGUUUAGUUUAAAUUAAAAUUGGAUUUAUUAUGAAAACUGCUCAUUUUUUAUACUAUUAUCUUGUCAUGAAAAUUUCAUUUGAAGAUGUAUUUCUAUUAUUAAUUAUUUUCAUUUUCUUUUUUU